AUGGAACCGUACGAAAGUUUUGUGUUUCCCGAUCUACCACUUGAUAUAAGAGAGAAGCUGUUUCAAAAGGAUAAACCAAUGGUGGUAGUUGGUGUGUUGGGAAAAUCGAAUGAAGCUCACUGCAACAAAUUGCUCGACUUCAAUAUUCUUCACACUCAUCCAUCGUUGACGGAUGAGCCGGGAAUUGAUGGUCGUGUGAAAUUCUACUUUCGAGCGGAAGGCCAAACGUUAUUUCUUCAUUUCGAUGCUCCGUUCGAUAACUAUGUGUUACUGAAUUUAGCAGAACGGAUGAUGCUAGAAAAGACUGACGAAUCACCUUUACAUUUUAUCGAAUUCAACAGCGCAAUACGCACGCGUUUUGCAAGAGUUCUGCUGUUCGCUCUUCAAGUAUGCCAUAUUCUAGUGCUAUCCGAGUCGUCGGCAUCUUUCGACAUGUCCUAUCUGUCCAUUUUUAAGUCGUUGAAAAUAAUACGCGAGAAGUAUGUACUGAAAUUUUUACCCAAAAUGUUAAAACACGCAAACGUGGGAUCAUUCAUGGGCAAAGAAUGUCGGCUGUGCAGUCCAAGGCUGUUGUUUAUGUUCAAUCUUCCCGACAAUGGUGAUCCCCAUCUGCUGGAUGAGAUAGACGUACUGGAAACCAAGGUAGAGGACUACAUCAACAAAAUGCUACGGAAUGAAUUCAUCAUCACAAACAACAGUACGAUGUCUUUGUUUUCUUUGCCAAAAACAAAGCCGUUUGUUUUCUACAACGAAACAAGAACACGGCACCAGGAUCCUCUAUUAGACUCAAUCGAUCUGCUCUCGAUGUACCUUACCAAACAGCAACAAACAAGCACGGGGACACUGCCCGAAAACGAUGAUAGGGAAAUAUUGGAACAAGCUAAACCGUACGAUUGUUUCGGAUUUCCAUCGACUUUUAAAUUUGAACUAAAAGACCCAACAGCGGAAGAGGAUCGAAGUAUAUUCAGUCUGGUGCAGGAACACGUAGACGAUGCACUUGAAUUCGGCUUUGAUGAAAACGAUAGCUCUGGAAGGCAAAGAGUCAGAACACAUUUCGCGCUACCAACAACCGAAGCAUGGUACGCGAUGUUUAAAUACAUGCACGAGCUGUUCAUCGACAACCCCAAUGACCCAUAUUACGAUGCCUACGAUGCGGAUUAUAGUGCCUAUUUGCAAAAUUUUCACGACAUUGUCGAUAUUGAUGAGCGGUUUUUUGGCGAAAUAUGUGAGCAGGGUUUGGAUUUGGCCAUGCUCAAGUACAAGGAUAUGCUUCCGCCGCAUUACAGUGCCUCGUUUCAUGAAACAAAGUAUCAGGAUGCGUUAAACAUUCUAAUGGAGUAUGCGCGUGGGCCAGAACUGAAACCCAGCAUCGAUCGAUUGAAAGAGUACUGUAAUGCUAUAUGGCAGAGUGGCAAGCAGCAGUGCGAGUAUCCGAGUUUACGUGCCAAUCCAUGUGUGCUGGGCAUGCAUAAGACGAUCGAUCCGGCCGAACAUUCGAGUGGGGUAAUUUAUGUAUCCUCAUGCAAUUGCGGCCGAACGCAGGGACAUCGUGAAGAUCCAUACACCAUACGGCAGGCAAACUAUGAAUUUUAUCAAAUAAUAGCCAAGAGCUGUAGCAACUGCAACCGGUUGGAUCGUGUACAGUUUCCAGUUUUUGAACCUUCGAUAAGCGAUUUUCGAGCAGCGGAAUUUAUAAACAAAAAUUUCUCCAACUUGAUGUCAUUUGACAGUACUGGCCGAACCGCGUCGGACGUUGGACCGAGCAUUCGUCCCAUUCCCGGCCAUUCGCCAUUCCUGUCCGGUAGCCAACGAAGUCAAAAUAGUUCGGCCAGUUUAAGCUUUAAUAUCGGUUCUGAUGUGGAAGAAGACGAUGAGGGAGAAAACAUAAUUAAAAAAGAGAACGAUCGGCGCACCCGUCAAAGAGAACAAAAUCCAUGCGAUGGAACAAAAGAAAUGGUCCAAACGGAUAUGCGUAACAGUGACGAUGAAGAAGAUUAUAAAGAGCUGGACACUAAAAAUGUAGAAAUGAACGAGAUAGUGAUAAAAUUAGGCAAACUAAAACAUACAGAUUCUUCGUCGGGUGAGACGGAACAUCCGGCUGGACCGGCCAGAAUACCAUCUACCACAGAGUACCUGCCGGGUAUGUUGCAUUCUGCCAGUCCCGUUGGACUACUGCCCCGGUUUCCGUCGUGGUCGCUGGUGUGUUUAGGUUCCAGCUCUAUCUACACCCACAAUACCGGUCUUCCGGAACAUGUGCAGAGUGGAUUUCUUUCAGGAUCGAAUUUUCUCCUACCAUGGGACGUAAGCGUACGCCUUGAGCAUGCACAGUGUUGGGCCGCAUCGUACGAAAAAAUACGCAACCGCAAAAAGGGAAACCAACAUUCGUCGAAAAACUAUGAACAAAACAAAACGUUCACGCUUAAAAUAUUCGUCGGUGUGGAGUACGAAUGUUUGCGAGGCCAUCGGUUCAUUAUGAAUGCGCCGGACAGCAUACUGCGCUGUGGGUCUGAAAUUGUACGCGACAGUGGUAGCAAGGUGGUGUUUAACGACAUGCCCAUUUACUUUCCUUGUCCCUGUCGGAAUACGAUAAACAAUACAGCACAGCUAAUGCGUGUGCACAUCAUUACACCGAAGGCACCGGUGAAUGUGAUCAUUGAUCCGAAGGUAAAACUUUUUCAGAAUAACAUGCAAAACAGCAUCACGUUUACGACCGGCUUGACCGAACCUAUCAAAUUAACGCAAAGCUCCUACUGGAUACUACGGUUACCGUUCGUGUACGAAGGCGAAAGCGGACCCUUGAUGGCACCAACCGACGUUAAUCCGGCCAGUGCGAUUAUGCACGGUGUGCUGUUGGCCGGUAUGUAUGGCAUUAGGGAGAACGACCUGAACGAAGAAUCGAUCGCGAUGGGUGUCACAAACACUUCAGGAUAA